AUGGACGCGACAGGAGGCGAGCCCAAAGUGUCGAAGCGAGCCGCGGAAAAGGAAGCCAAGAAAGCAGCAGCUAAAGCGGCAAAGGAAAAGGCGAAAGCAGAGCAAGCCACUAGCAAACCUGCUUCCUCAGGCCCAGCACCACCCGAAGAUCCAUUCAAGAAGGGCUGGCUGAAGGGUGUGUACGAUGAGAAGCCUGUGAAAGAAGUACAUACUCGGUUUCCCCCCGAACCCAAUGGCUACCUUCAUAUCGGCCACGCCAAAGCAAUCACAGUCAACUUUGGCUUCGCGAAGAGCCAUGGCGGAAUAUGCAACCUACGCUUCGACGACACGAAUCCGAGCAAGGAGGAAGAGAGGUACUUCACGGCUAUCAAGGACAUGGUCCAAUGGCUAGGAUUCGAGCCCGCCAAAAUCACCUACAGUUCAGAUGAGUUCGACAAGCUGUAUGAGCUGGCCGAGGAGUUGAUCAAGCGGGAGAAGGCGUACGUAUGUUACUGCUCGCCCGAUGAGGUGAAGAAGGGACGAGGGAAGCUGCCGAAUGGCGAGCAUGGACUACGAACAGCAUGCAAACAUUGGAGUCGAGAUGUCGAGGACAAUCUGACAGACUUCAGGAAGAUGCGAGAUGGUGGUUACAAACCAGGCGAGGCAGUGCUGAGGAUGAAGCAGUACCUUGCUACUAAGCCAGAGGAGUAUGAGGUUGAUGAGGAGGACUCGCUGGAAGUCAAGAAGCAGAAGGAGAAGCUGAAAGCCAUGGCGAAUAACCCGGCUUUGUGGGACUGUGCAGCAUAUCGUGUGACGAAGAACAGCCAUCAUCACCGUACGGGCGACAAGUGGAGGAUCUACCCGACAUACGAGUUCACGCAUUGUAUUGUGGAUGCUUUGGAGCAGAUCUCGCAUAGCUUGUGUACGGUGGAGUUUGAGACACUACGGCCGGCUUAUAAUUGGCUGUUGGAGGCACUUGAUAUGAAGCAGGGAGCGAGUGAUGAGCAGGGUCCGAUGCAGAGAGAAUAUGGUCGGCUGAAUGUAGAAGGCACUAUCUUGUCGAAGAGGAGAAUAGCGAUGCUCGUCGAGGGGACGACAGUCGGUGAUGCAUCCGCAGCUCCCAGCACGGGCGUCGAAGAGGUCGCAGACGAUAUGGACGAGCUCACACUUGCCGAAGAAGGAGAAGAAGACCCUUCAGCACCCCUAGAAAGCACAAAAUCAUCCACCGACAAGGCCACCCGCAGAAUUCCACCCGCAGUUCUCGAUUGGGAUGAUCCUCGCCUCUUCACCCUAGUCGCCCUCCGCCGCCGUGGCGUACCGCCCGGCGCCCUGAAGAAAUUCGUGCUCGAUCUUGGAGUCACAAAAGCAAACGCCAAUACCGCCACACACACCCUCGAUGCCAACAUAAGAACCUACCUCGAACGGACAGUUCCCCGGCUCAUGCUGGUCCUCGAUCCUAUCAAAGUCGUCCUCACAAACUUACCCGACGAUUAUGUGGAAGAAAGGGAGGUCCCCUUCGAUCCCAAGGACAAAGCGAAAGGCACGCAUAAAGUGCCCUUCACGAAAACAAUCUACAUCGACCGGGACGAUUUCCGAGAAGAAGACGAUCCGGAUUUCUUCCGUCUUUCGCCUGGUCAGUCAGUCGGAUUGCUUAAUGCUGAACAUCCCGUGAAAUGCCUCUCCUUCUCCAAAGACAACAGUACAGGCAAAGUCACAGAAAUUCUAGCUAAAUACGGCGCCGACGUUCCAGCAGGCAAAGCGAGAAUCCACUGGGUAGGCGAGAGCACGGCACACAAUUCGCCCAUCAAAUUAGAAGCUCGGAUCUUCAACCCGCUGUUCAAGUCCUCGAAACCCAACGAGCUCGAUUGGAAGAACGCUGGUUACUACGAUAAUCUGAACCCUGACUCGCUGGUGAAAUACGAGAAUGCGAUGGUGGAAUGUGGAUUCGAGUAUGUGCGGGAUCAUGCGCCGUGGCCUAGGGAGGAAGGCGAGGCGAAGGGGAUGGUGGAGAAUUCGAGUGUGAGGUUUCAGGGGUUGAGGACGGCGUUUUUUGCGUUGGAUAAGGAGGCGAAGGGGGGAAAGGUGGUGUUGAACCGGAUUGUUAGUUUAAGGGCUGAUGGUGGGAAGUAG